CUGCUAGCAGCAUUUACUGCUGCCUUACGCAACGCCCUCCCCCAGGAAGAGAUAGGCAAGCCAGCCAAAUUUUCCGGAGAUAUCGAGAAAGCCUGGGAUUUCAUCCACCAAUGCGAGAUGUAUUUCCUCUCCAAGGCCUCGCAAUUUCCAAAUGAUCAGGCAAAGAUUCACUUUGCAGACUCGCUCAUGAAAGACUCAGGGAAGAAACAACCCCGGAAAUGGGCAACGGUCAAGGAGAAGUUGUAUCUCCUUCAAGGAUGGCCCACCUGGGCCACACAUCGUCAAGACUUCUUGGAGGCCUACAAAACAACCGACCCAAAAUCCAAAGCCAUGGUUGAACUCCACCAAAUUGUCCAAAAAGACCAUGAGACGGUCAACGAAUACAACGUGCACUUCAACACGUUGAUCGCAGAAGCAGAAAUAGUCAACCCAGACGCUGACGGAAACCUCCUCCAACAAUACCUUCGCGGAUUAAAGGAAUCCCUUGCGCGCCAGCUGAUCGCCCACAUGCUGAUCAAUGCCGCCCUUUCCCAACAGAUGCACCUUCCUACCAAUUCUGGAACUGCGACAACCACCUCGACAUCAUCCACCCGUGAUCCUAAUGCCAUGGAUGUAGAUGCCCUUAAUACCGGACAAAGUGGAAUUAAGUGCUACAAUUGCGGAAAAUUUGGGCAUAUCUCCAGAGAAUGCAGACAACCUCGG